AUGGGCGCCGGUUUGCUCGCGCUCGUCGCGACUGCGAGCGUCUCGGGCGUGUUCGCGCACCAGCUGUUCUUUCGCCGUGUCGACGUCGAUAACCAUCCGUUCCUCCUGCUCGCCGCAUCAUUUGCGCUGUAUUUGGCGCUGGCGGCAUUUCUGCAGGCUCAGUACGCCCAGUAUACCUCGAUACUCGCUUCUCAUGGCGUGGCUUUCCUCCUCAUGUCAUCCUUUGUGACGUCGAUAUGGGCCAGCAUGUUGACAUACCGAGCGUUCUUCCACCCGCUAAGCAAAUUUCCUGGGCCAUUUUCGGCUCGUUUGUCCAAGUUCUGGGCUGUUAGGCAGGCACUCCAAAGCGGGUUGAAAUGGUACAAGGUGGACGCCGCGCUGCAUGAGAAGUAUGGUGACUAUGUCCGCACUGGUCCUCGGGAGCUUUCUAUUCGUGAUCCCAAAGCGCUGAACCCCAUUUUGGGAUUCACGUCAAAGACGUUGAAAGGCCCAUUCUACGACGGCAUGGAAGAUUCUGUAAGCACUACUCGGGACAAAAAGCUCCACAAGUCAAGGCGUAAGCUCUGGGACACCUCCAUGAAGCAAUUGCUCUCCACGUACACUCCCCAGCUCGAGCAAUUCACCGACAUCUUGCUUGAGCGCAUCAGCAAGAAUGUUGGCAAACCGGUUCCUAUCAACGACCUGGCGAUGCACUACAGCUACGACGUCAUGACGCAGCUUGCCUUUGGCGAGCCCGGCGGCUUCGUGGAUGGAAGCGCCGACGACGUGGCUACCGAUAUGCUCGAAGGAAUGCAGAAGGGUGUGGAUGCUAUUGGAAUUCUCUGCCAAAUGCCUUGGGUCCUCGGUAUCUUGAUGGCCCUGGCAACGGUGAUCCCCACGCCGAUGAGCACGUUCAAUGGAUGGGCAGCGAAGUCAUUGGAGCGCAGAAUGAAGAUGAAGAACCCGAAGCCCGACCUGAUUGGCCACCUCAUCGCAGAGACGGCACCCGACGAUAAGAAGGGCCAGCACAUGCUCUUCACAGACUCCCGCGUCAUCGUUAGCGCCGGAAGCGACACAACCGCCACCGCAAUCACCGAGAUCCUCAUCAUGCUCGCCCUACACCCCGCCUACGUCGCCGAACUCCGCGCUGAGAUGGACCCCGUCUUCGCGACCGACGGCGCCUACUCGUGCCAGAAGACGUACCCGGUUCUAGACUCGCUGAUCAACGAGACGCUACGGCUGUACCCGCCGGUGCUGUUCGGCUCGCCACGCGUGACGCCACCGGGCGGCCUCAAGAUCGGCGACGUCUUCGUGCCCGAGGACACGGUCGUGUACGUGCCGGGGUGGCAGCUGCACCACGACGCGCGCAACUUCCCGCAGCCCGACGAGUUCAUCCCGGAGCGGUGGACGACGAGGCCGGAGCUGCUGGUGAAUAGGAGCGCGUUUAUUCCUUUUUUGCUUGGCGAAAACAAUUGCCCUGGAAAACCCCUCGCCAUGAUGGAGAUCCGCUCUGUCAUCGCGAGGACCAUCCACGACUACGAUGUCAGCUUGCCCGAAGGACAAUCGCUGACAGAGAAGGGCUUUUUCGACGGCGUCAAGGAUCAUUUUAUUGCCGGUGUGCCGAAGCAAAACCUCGUUUUCACCAAGAGAGUCAGGUAG